AUGUUCAGCAAUUUGGCCAAUUCGAAUAUUAAUGUUCGAUCCAUCUGGAUACAGGUAACGUCACCCACUAACUGGUAUAUGACCAGCUCACUCAACGUUAACUUCCUCAACAGCAUUCUCCAACGAGCAAAUCAAUAUGAUCUGACGAAUUUGGUAUCUAACCACUACCUAUCACACGAUGGAACCAUCAAUUACCGGCUCGGCCACCAUCAACAACGCCAUGCUAUGGUAUUGGAACACCAACGGCGGCGGUGUGUCGAACGAGUCUCCGGCAAACUUCAACGACUUCCGUUCGUUCGGGGGAUGGUCGUCGCCAUCAGUGAAGCAGUUCGCACAGGCCGAAGAAGUCUGUGGAUUGAUGAUGAACAGGGACAUCUACAGUACAUCGUCAGCAGCGAUGAGCGGUAUGGCUAG